CAAGCCUGAAGGUUGAGUUGUAUCUUUACUUCUUGAUUUCUAGUUAUAUCCUCUACUAUCUAAAUACCUCAAUCGUCGGGCAGUAAAUUCCCAUGCACCCUACGUUAUGAAAUUUCUUCAACUUUAUGCACCCUACGUUAUGAAAUUUCUUCAAAGUUCAUGGAUAAAGCCAGGUAAGGGGUCACAUACACAGCCAGGACUCAGGAGCAGUGGCUGCACAACUCUUACUUUAUCUUUCAAGAACUUUUGAAACCUUAGAUAAUAAUAAAAAGCUUUAUUUAAAGAAGGCUAAGUAUUCACAAAAUACGCCAGUUUAGUUUAAUAUAGCCAUAUGUAAUCUAAUUCCGCUACCACUGGGUCGACCUCAGUGACAGUGCCAUUACUGUUCGACCUUCUAAAAUUAUUAAUCAAUUAAUAUGUAUAUACAGCCGUUUGACCCAAUUACAAUAACAUUCGCCUGCCCUCGCUUCCCCCUCACCUUUUACAAUUGUAAACAGCGCCGUAUGCAGGAUUUUUUUAGCAGGAGGGCAGUAAGGCCUAUAUCAGAAAAAGUCCCACAUACACUUACUCAAUACCACUUCGUGUAAGGAACACAUAGAUUAGAUUGUCAUAGACAUAGUUUGAGGUCAAAAUAAGUAAGGGACCGGUCAUAAAGUAACUGCUAGGAUGUGCCGGAGGAAAUAAGGAUGCCAUGGAAUUAUUUUCAUCAGUUUGGGUGGGCCAUCAAUUUGUUUUUUGACGCAAAUGAAUCAGGGCCAUGAAACACACUCGGAAACACAUAUACUGAUAUAGCCUGUUUGCACUGAAUUCAUACAUUACUAUAACUUAACUACUACAGUGCAUGGUUUGAUCAAAGUGACUGCUAUAGCCUAUACUGACUAUACUGUGCAUGUUCAGGAUGGGACGUGAAAUUUUUCCAAUGACCUACGAUGGGCUUUGAAAUUUUUUCUAGGUUCUCAGGAUGGGCCAAUGGGCCAUCGGGUUUAUUUUCAAAAACCUAUUUUUCCCUCCGGCCCACCCUAGCAGUUUAAUACUUUAUGACCGGUCCCUAAUGUUAAAAACUAGGGUUGGAUAUGUGUAUGGUUUCAUCUAGAAUUAGCUACUCACACCGUAUACGAACACUAAAGUAACCUUUGGCUUUGCUAUUUGCCUUUGGAACAUACAAUAUAUUUUGCGCACACAUAUUUGAACAAUUUUGACUAUACAAUUACAAAUAUACGCUAUUUCUAUUAUUUACAAAUUAGAAAGUGUUUGUGUUUUGUACACACAUAACAACAUUGAAUAUGUCUGGUAGUGGUACACCCUGGCCGAGCCUGCGAAGACAGGAUCUAUUUAUAUCGAUAGACGAUAUAAUUCUGUAUUCGGCGGGCCUAGCCUGCGAAUACAGAAUCUAUUUAUGUCGUUUAUUCCACUGGAGGUAAACGUUUACCUCCAGUGGAAUAAGCGAUAUAAAUAGAUUCUUUAUUCGCAGGCUAACCGCUGACCACAAUGGAAAUAUAAUUUUAGUAUUUUUGCACAAGUGAACAUAACAAACCCUACAAGUUGAUUGGUGAAUAUAACAAAAUCGAAAUUUUCAAAAUGCAGGUAAUAAUAUGAACCUUGAAAAUCUCAUUGUUUACAUCAAAUCUGAAUUCACAUAUCUCAAAAGUAGGCGGAAGUGACCUAUCCUGUAUAAUUUCACUAUGGCCCGCGAGCGACUGGUUCCAAGAGUUCACAUCUUGAGGUAUGGCAUAUAGUAAAAAUGCUAUUGCGAAACUGGUAAAUUUUAAGAUUUUGAUCGCCAUUUACAAAAAAACUGCAGGGUGAACCCGCAAGAACUUUUUAGAUUUGGAUUCAGCGUCAUUUAAUUUAUAAGAAUAUGUAUUUUUUUAGUUUAAAGAGGUGUGCAACGAAACUAAACAUUUUGGGACCCCAGACGACGGCCUAUUAUGCUGAUAAAGAAAUAAGCGAAAUUAAUAAAUUCAGUCCCAAAAAAAACACAAAAAUACUAAAACAAUUAUUCGCCUCAGGCUCGGUGAUUAUCGGGGAAUAUUCACCUCGACUUCGUCUCGGCGAAUAUUCCCCGAUAAUCACCUCGCCUUCGGCGAAUAAUUGUUAAAUGUUUUAAGGAAACAUUGGAUAUAUAUAUAUAUAUACGCCAAAUAAAUAUUACACGUCAUGGGCAUUACUAUAUAUGUUUAGUCUCUUGACAGUCUUGUUCAAAAUGUUCAUUCCUCGCUUCCUAUCAAGCUCAAGAUUUAAAACUAAACGUAUAUGUAAUGUUUAAUAUUUUUCUUUACAAAUAUUUCCCCUUCAUGUCUAUAGUUAAAUUUAAAGGUUUUUAACCGGUUUAAGGCGCAUGCACCGUCCCCCAAGCCAGGUGAGUUUUGCUACGUUUUUUUGACAAUUCCGACGCAGUCACAGAUAAUGUUCAAGGCAAUUUAUUUCUCUUCAAGCAUUUUUUGUAAUCCUUCGUUGCUUUCCACUGGCAGUAGCCAUCUUUGCCUCGGUAACAGAACUGCGUGGUUUUGCGGCAAUCUAUCUGUGGAGGGCGGAAUUGAUUCACGUUCCAGUCGCAGAAUUCCUUGCUUUUAGUAGUUGUGUUCCAGUAAACUGUUCUCACUUUACACCCUUGUUUGCAACCUUUGGCGUAUUUCCUGCGUAAGCCUGUAGAGAAAAGAAAAUAUUAAAAAAUUAGUAUUCUCCUACUGGCUUACUGUAUUGUUUUUGUACUGUAUUUUAUCACUGCUAAAUCAUGAGCAGUAUACACGCGUAAAAAGCUCGCAGAUUGUCAACCAGAUUGUUCCCAGUUGUUCACAAGUCUGAAACAAGUUGUAACAAGGUUGAUAAGGCCAACAGACUCGUAACAAGUUGUUCCAACAAGACAACAAGUCUAUACAUUGACAUUGUCUGUAUGCAUGUAUGUAUGUAUUGUCAACAAGCUCGUAGCAACUUGGUCCAAACAGCUAUAUGUUUAAUGUGUUGUAGCAAAUCUGUUGCUGUUGUCAAGUUUGUAACAACUGGGAACAAGCAGCGCGAAUACUUCCUGAUAUCGGCUUGACAACAACCUUAUUACAACUUGUUUGCAGAUUUGUAACAAUUCUUUUAAAUAUCACUAUCCCAAUACUAUAUCUAAUGUCAUAAUGAUCAAUAUUAUUGUACUGGCACUAUACACUCACCUCUUCUCAUGAUUUUCGUGAUACUUGAUUCGACCAUUGUAUUUCCAAGAUUUGCCAUCAUUUUCUGAGAACUUGCAGGCAUCAUUGUGUCGUUGCGGUAACGGAACAUUUUGCCAAAGAAAACACACUUCUCAUUCUUUUUGAAUUCCUUUUGGUACAUUCCUAUAAAAUUGAUUAGUAUAUAGUUAAGAUAAACAUGCAACAUUAUCAAUAUGAGAAUUUAGAUAACAUUAAACGUGUUUUAUAUGGGUUGGUCGACACUGUUUUAUCUGUUUUUACUGUCGUAAAAGAUUAAUAGUCAGAGAUGAAAAUAGACAAUAUGCUUUGAAAUUGAUUUCAAUGCAUGUUAAAAAGAGAGCAUGUUGCCUCGUCGUUUGUUACUUAAAGGUGAGCAUUUGUAAUUAAGAUGAGUUUAAAUAAGCUAAGUAUCUACAACUAUUCAUGCCCAAUUACCAACGAGUGUAUAUAGAUGUUAACGGACAUGGUAUAUGACUUACCAAGUUGAAUUCCCGCUUCAAUUUUUGUGGCUGCAGAAAACGAAUCGACAGGAGUGUCUGUAUCUCUUUGUAAUUUCAUCAUUGGCAUCAUCAUUUUCUCUCCCUUGUAAAUACGUUGAACUUCAACCAUUUGUUUCUUGGGUUGCCUGUUUCCGCCAGGCACCAUACGUUUUGUACGACCAGCAUUGUUGUCUUCCACCAUUUGCAUCGCUUUAAACUUGAACACUGCAGAGCAAAAAUGAGAUUUAGGUAAAUACGUCUAAACGCUGAAUACUGAGGAUAUAAUAUUUCUAAUCAUGUAUUCAUCUUUAAUUCUUUCAACUUUAGAAAGAGUGAAAUAAAAUAGUUGGGCGUUAUCCUAUGUAAAAUGCACAUAAUAAAAUCAUAUUUUUCUCAGAAUUGGGACAGCUAUUUUUGUCAUCAAUUGUUUUUCAAGUAAAUAGUACCAAAUGCCAAAAAUCCAUGCUGUUCAACAUAUGUUCCCACUUUAUAGGUCACAACCCAGCUUAGUGCGCGAGGCCCAUCCCAAAAGCCGGCAACCGUAUCAUUUACGUUUAAUGCGUCUUUAUACAUAACCUAAUUAAAUUGAUGCCAAAAACGCACAGAGGCAAAUUGUCUUACAAAGCGGAAACAGCACUUUUCAACGGAAUAAAUUCGAAAAACAAAAUCGGCGUGCCAUUGAAUGGACCGGAUGAAUUAUAGCAUUCUCUUUUAUACUAGUAUUUUAAUUGAUCUAAUCUUCUUGAUCUUACGAACGUCCUGUUGUCCCAUAUAGCAAGGUUUCUUAUGAAUUUACGUAAAAUUGCAUUAGAGGAUUUAGAAUAGUUGAAUACGUCAGUGAUUAAAAUCUAAAAACGAUUCACGAAAACGUUAACUUUUGUCUCAGAAGCUACAGUAUUUAGCCUCGUAUCAGCCAGAAUGGCAUGAUUGUAGGUGUAGUUAUUAGAUUAUUGAGGGUGCGUCAAAGAGGGCAAGAGAGUUGACAAUCAAUCUCGCAAUUGUUUGACAAUCAAUCCUCGCAAUUGUUUGACUGUAACCAGUGCCCGGUUUAUUUAGUGCUGCCAAUGUUCUCUUAUGUCAGUGCCAGUCUUAUUCGUCUUUCAACCACGAUUUGGAAUCUCACCAGAAACUCUAGUGACCCAGAAAGGUUCUCUUGUUUUUACUUCUUUGUUGACAGAUGCUUUUGAAGAUGGAGUAAUUGAAUUUCAAUUCCAAAACAUUUUCAAGUUUUUCACAAUUGCACAGUUUUCUCUGCAUUACAUAAGUCACAUACUUUCCGGUCAAAUUUUGCAAGUGUUUUUUUUGUUUUUUUAGGAAAACCCCAAUUUCUAUUCACUUUUUAGCGCGAACAUUUCCCUGUUGCUGCCUUUGAAGCUUUUGUAAAGAACUGGAUGUAAUGGAUAUGCUGUAAUACUGUGGAUUCCUAAUCAUAAUUUAACGGAUAAUUGGUACAUUUAAACGUGUACGCGAAUGUACCUAAUUUUUACUCAUUUUUAAGUGAAUAAUGACCAUUUGUUUUCUUUACACCAUUGAACCAUAACCAAAACUUUCUCCGCAAAUAUUGAACCUGGUGGGGUUUGAGUUAUCCGAUUCAGCUUAACUGUGACAGGCUGUGACAAUUGCUCUGUGCUGUGGUCAGUGUUGGGUUCUUAUAACGUAAACAUGUGCGGGUCAAUAGAACGUUCAAUCGUUGACAAAAAUCUAGAAACCUACUGUAAUAUAAUUAUUAGGAAGGUCGGAAGGAUGUGGCUUGUUAAAUCGUGGUUAAUAAUUGUUCUAUUUCAGUUUAUAUCUCGAUAUCUCGUGAUUUGAUUUAGCCAAUUGUCUUAUCUUGUUGACAUACGAGAUAUGGGAAAAUAUAAACAUUUUGAAGAUGAUGGUCUCCAUCGCAACUCUGAUCGUCUGAUGCUCAUUGUAUCAUUUGUCUCAAGGCUGUCUUUAGGGAAACAUGAAACUAUAUUAAUAUAUCUGAUAUACAAUAAUAAUAUAUUUAUUCCAUUACACCAUUACUGGUUCAUAGGAUAUACUACAAUAUAACAGAUACAUAUACAAACAAUAAAACUAUAGCUAAUACUUAAUUACAAACACUACAGUCAGAGAAAAUCUUGGUUAACUCGUAAAUGUAUCUGGCUGUACAAUUUGUUAAACUCUUGUCAUUCAUGGAUAUACAAUAAAGAAACAGGUCGUUUUUACCUAGUGAACUAAAACAACUAUUAAUUUCCAGUAUCUCUUUCAGGAAAUUUUCUUUGAGAUUUUCUAACUUGUAAUUUUUACAAUUUAAAAAAUAAUGAUAUUCGUCACCUAUAUCAUUUGAAUCACAAAUUGGACAUAGGCGUAACUUAUGGUCAAUAUUAGCAUAUCGACCGACUUCAACUGGAAAUCUAUGUGCAGAUAUCCUAAACCUUGUAACCGCUUGGCGGUGUUUUACAUUUCUGACCGAAGACAAAUAACUUUCAACAUGCCAAUUUGGUUUUACAAGGCUUAAGAUUCGUAAUUUGUUGCACUGUUGAAUCUGAUCUUUCCAUAUGGUAUUAUAUCUAUUACAUAAUUCAUUCUUAAUAGCUUUAGCUAAAUUACUAAUAUCACUUUUAGACUGAAUUUCAUAACUGCUCAAAGGUUCGAAAUCACACAUAUGUAGUAAGAAAUCAGAGAAUUUCACACCCUGAUACCUUGAUUGAAUGCACACCUGUACUGCCUUACCUACUAAUUGCUUUUUGUAAUUUGGACUAUUUAUUCUUAACCAGUAUUUGAUAACUAGAGUUGAAAUUUGUACAGACAUUGGUAAUCUGCCUAGUUCAGCUAGCACUGCUAGAUUGGUAGAUUUGGGGUGGACCCCUAAAAUACGUUUACAAAAUUUUAAAUGUAGCUUAUCAAUAUCUGAAAUCACGUUGAAAAUUUUGUUCUUGAACAUAUCGGUCGUUGUCAAUCUGCCUAAGAAAUAUACUCCCCAUAUCUCACAACAAUAUAACAGAAUAGGGGAAACAAGAGUUGAGAAUAAUUUUAACAGCACCUUAACCGGAACCCUAUCAACAUUGGAAAAGUUUUUAAAAAUACUGUGGUAAGCCUGCAGUGCCUUAUUAUGCAAUCUCUUACGUGCAAGUAUAUUGAUACUUAAGUUAGACAAAAUAUACGUAUACAAAACAGUUCACUGUUUUAAUAGAAACAUACUCGACUGACCACCUGUCCAGGACCAAGGUCAGAGAGAGAUACGUCAUGGGACAUAUAGUCACCGAGAAAAAAUGUAAACAUGAUUGAAUGAUGACAGUGGUAGUCAAAAUACACAUCCAUAUGAUCAACUAUUAUGCAUCACUUAGGUCAAGACUGUCUCUGGGAAAUCAUAAAACAUGCUCAUUUCCCCCCAAGAAGACAGAAGUCGUGUUUUAUUACGAGUUUCAAAUCCUAACUGGUGUUAUGUGAAGGAUUGGAAACUUCUUACAACAUAUUCCAUGCAAGUAUAUAAGGUCGCAGAAAAUGGGAAAAAUGUAAACAUUUAUGGAUGGUAGUCAUAAUAUACCCAGAUGGUAUAUUUGCCUUGGGGAAAACCCUAUUGGGAAGCAUUCGAAUCAUGCAAACAUAAAAAGGAGAAAAUGUAUAUAUUGAUAAAUUAUUGUAGCCAAGACUAAGAGGAUGAUUAUGAGAGUGCAUGUGGAGCAGUCACGCGACUUUGGUUAGCUAUUCUUAAUGCCUUCCCAAUACUUUCAUGUGUUCUUUUUAAGUUAAGACAUAGUUGGGACAGUCGCCAAACUUUCAAUCUAGACUGCUUGAAAUGUCCUCUCCGCCAACUCUCAUCCCCGUGUAGGUCAACUCUGUCAGGGCUUUUAUCGUGCGAAAGAUUUUGCUUCCUUGUUUCACAGAUUUGUAAAACCUUUUUUGUUUUUACAAGGACAAGGAUGAUUUCGCGGUAUAACAAAGGUCUUAAAAUCUGGACUAUGCUUUAUACAGUAUAGGAAGUCUUUAUAUGAAAUUAGCAACCUAUAAUUAUUUCUAUUUCGUCGAUCAAUUACUGAAUGACUCGGAAAUGAAUUGCUUGAUUUUGAAUGACUAUCGAACUAGUGUUGCUUUAUAAUGCAAAUAAGUUUGCAAUAAGCAGGAAAACUGACCCCAUAUCGUGUAGUCACGUUUCAACGACUGUUCAAGUCAUAAACAAUAUCAAGGCACAAAGAAUUUUGGAAAGUUUCCUGUAUCAGACUAAAUAUCUGACGUUGUGAAAGCGGAUAUAAAGAUUUUAGCUUGAAUAUUAUUAAGAUUCUUUGUUCCUUCAAAUAAUUUGAUUUUUAGGGUUAUUUUAUUUGCUUGCUUUUACUAGUGGCUAUACCAUCAUCAAGUUAAAAAAUAGUUCGAAGAUGCUAUAAAUGUCAAAAUAUUUAAAAAAAUAAUCCAGUUGUGUUCCCUUAAUAUAUUUGACAAACAAGGGCCUAAAUUAGCUAAACUAGAAAAAUACGCGUCGUUGUUCGAUUGUCGGUUCAUCACUUUGACAUUGUGGUUGAAGAUUUGCGCGGUGUCCCCUUCGGUUUCGCUUGCACACUGCGCGCUUUUUACUCUGAGACUAUUAGCGUUAGACCAUAUAAUCCUAAAGAGUAUACAAUACUCAAUAGUGAUCGUAUAUUAAUAAGUAGUAGACAACCGCGCACGAAACUUUUGGCUUAUGAUAUUAUAACCAUCAACUAUACUGUAAAUGCAUGUGCGAAUUGAAUCUGCUUCACUAAUUUAUUUUAGAGCUUCAAGAAUUGCGUUGGACAGACAAAUCAGUUGACUGUAUCUGACUUUCUUAUCUGCGCAAUAAAUGACCUUGUAAACAUAACCGAAAUUAUUCGUCGCAUAAGGGAUCUGUUUACACAACUGCAGUUGAAUCGUUGCUUUCACAUGUUACUGCGACUUCGCACCUCGUGCGCAAAUUGAAAAGUUUGGCACGAUUCAGUAUUGACAUAUACACAAACCUUCAAUGUACAAAUGAAACUAGUAAUUGUAUACUUACCAUAAUCCGCAUCGCAGAACAUUUUCUGUGGAUGAAUCAUCAUGAACGAUCCCUGCGCUUGUUGCAAUAAACACAGACAAGCCACGAACAACAUUAGACAUACAACACUACCCGACAUUUUGUAUUUUGCUUUAUUAUAGCUGUCUUUUGGUCUGUUCUCGGUAAGGAACACUGUGUCUGCCUUCUCUAGCGCGUCUCGUGGACUUUAUAAGUGAUGAACGGGCGUGAGUUCUCGAGGGGCUGUGACGCAGGCAUCUCCGGACCGGAAGCCAGCAUGAAUGUUAAUGAAAUUAAUCAGCGAUUUAUUGAAUGUGAUCUUCAAGCACGGGUGAGGCUUUUCCGUAUGAGACAUAUGGUAGAAAUAUUCGUGAAACGUUGAGCAGCAUGGGAUGUGAUAUGAAAAUAUAUUUUAGGGUGGCAUCAAACUAAUCAGAUUAAUAAAAAACAUGAACUUUUGCAUGCAUUGUUUUAAAUACUUAAAAUACUUCCAGCUCAUUGAAAAAUUUAAUUUGCUAGUUUUACUAUACACUUACAAUUUAAGAUACUUAAAAGUUAAAACAGUGCAGAAAUCAUUUAGGUACAUACAUACAGAAGCAGCAACAAUUAAGGAAGCCCACACGGGAAGCUAAAAGCCUCUUUUUCUCCUGUAUUAGUUGUAAAAGUAAGGAUUUUUGGCACUCCAUUUGAGGUGGAUUCUAGAAGAUUUGGUUCGAACUGCAGGAUAGGUUUUCAGUCGGGAUAGUGCCAGUUGGUCACUUAGCCUGCUUGAAAUUUCGGCGAGCAACCACUGGUCGACGUCACUCUAAUAUUGAAUUUGCUAAUUUUUUACCAAAAUAAGCCGAGUAUUGUAGUAGAAGGAAAUUAAACUAAAUAUAAGAAUAACAUGUGAAAUUACACCCUUUUCAAACCUCGUGUAUAUGUAUAUGCAAUUUUUCGAGGUAUAUAUAAUAUAGACUAUAGUGAAUGCAUGCCGAAAAAUGCUAUGCCUGGCCCAUGCCAUGAUCAAGGAUGCUUGUAUAACAAGUGGAUUUGGUGGCUGGCCGACAUAGUCAGGUUUAUGUUUCAGACGAAUAUAGGAGUGAGUUCUCUGCAGUGAAAUACUUUCAAAAAUAUUUUUUGGGUGGUACGGUAGUGAAAGAGUGCGUGUUUUAUAAAUUGUUUAUACGUGUUAUUAUAGCCUUAUAUAUAGGCUUAGGCAUAAUUUUAAUCAUAUUUCUAUAGUAGGUUGGUCAUGGUAUUCCUAGUAGUCUAUGACUAUAUAGGUAAUCACUUUUUUCGUAUUCGUAAAAGUUGUUAUAAGCUUGUAAUAAGCUUUGCUAGCUGCACGAUCUUUUGAUAAUACGGCUUUAGCACCGUUUCAGCCAGAGAUAUAUAAUUAUGUAUUAUGAAAUAUUGGUACUCUUCCAGAUUGAUUUGCUAAUGGUGGUUUUAAGUCAUUAUUUUUAAUGAUCUCUUUGUUAUCGGAAUGGAUUAAACACUUAUGGGCAACUUGAAAAGCUGACAAAGUAUGACUAAAAUCUUAAUCCCCACUUCACAGUUUACACCACUUUAGUAUAAAGUCAGCACCGGCAAAAUUGAAUAUAAAAUAUGCUAUUUUUAAAAUGCUCAGCUUUGCCUUUACCCGAAGAUGGAAACUGUGAAAAUGGUAACCAUUUAACUCAAUGGGCGCAGUUACCGGCAGAGAAAUAUGCAAAACUUGUAGUUUUAGAUCAGUAAGAAUUAAGGAGUGACUUUUACCAAUUAGGACUACUUUGCUGCUCGAGUACCCCACUUUAUGUUGUCAUAAGACAAGUAGUAAUAUUCGGCGUAUCUGCAUGUACAGCAAAUUAGAAUUAAAACGAAUUUUAAAAAAAUGACUGCAUGAUAUGGAAUCUGUUGGUUAAAAACACGAGAGUAUACGUGUAUGUACUAUAUAGUGCUACCUGUCGUGGUAACUAUAUUUUUCAUAUUUUCAAACGAUUCGAUCCGAAUUUCAUUGGCCAAGGCGCGGGCGUGAUAACUCUCUGAACUAAUUAUGCGUCUAAAACAAACAUGAAAAUGUUUGCACGCUUCAUGAGGUUGUAGUAGCUUUCUUUGUUCGGCGUAUUGGUUUCCAUUUGGUUUCCAACUGUCGUGACUGAAUCAUGUUCGACGAUGUGAAGAUUAUGUCUGGAUUGUGUGUUUUCUGAUUGUAGAGAUAUAUUGACAGUCUAUAACAUCAGUCGCCUUGGCAUCGUCACGGCCGUUUACGACUUGUAAGGCUUAAUGGAAAACAUUUGCGACUACUAAUUUGGUACAUGAUGUCUAGGAACAUGGGCUUCACCCAUGUUUUCUGAAUAUUUUUCCACUUAACGUUGUGCUCUCGUGUCAAAUAUUCCUGAACGUCCUAAUUCAAGAGCAAAGGCGGGACUAUACGGAAACGCGGUGUCCAUAUUGACGACAUUUGGCAGUUCAUUUUGACUACAUAACACGCAUGUUUACUCACCCUAUCUUAUUUUUAGAACUUUAAUCCUAACUCCAGGCCCAGUUUUCAAUAAAUUUUGGUGAAACUAUAUAGGUUUUAGUAAUGAGGAAAUUCGGUAGUUUCCGGAGAAUUCUUUUCUAAAAGCGAUAAAACUUGGUACCAUUUUAGAUCGGUUUAGCGGCUAUUGUUAUAAAUGCAUGUAUAAAUGCGGUUUCUGGAUAUUCUGGCAAAAAUAUGGUUAAAAUUGUGAACAUGUUUGGAUGUUUCUACCAACGUUAGUGACGCAACAGAUAUGCGUGACGUAUUUUUGGGGUUGUUGAAGUUGGAACGUAUUGUAGAUCUUUCAAAGGACUAUGCUGAUAGCGAGUGGACGUGACUGACGUCAUAUACUUGGCGUUAUUUAAUUUUUACUAAUCCAUUAUUUAGGGUAACACAGAAAAACUUUCUGGGAAAAGGUAUAGAACAAGAUAAACACACUUCUUCCUGCGGCUUCUUCUAUUUUUAGACAAUUUUAGUUCUUUUAUGUAUUUUAUAAACUUUAUACUUUCACUAGUUAUAACUAUAGGGGUCUUAAAUAAAAACCUGUUAAGGUUUCUGGUAGGCCCCUUGUAUUAAAAAUUGUAAAUAUGUUAUGAUAUAUGGGCAAAAUUAAAAUUUAAAAAAAAAACACAAAAAAACCAAACCUCAAUAACAUCGAACAAUCACCAUUAUUAAUUACGGUUCAAUAUAGCAUGCAUACGCUGACAUAUAAACAUGUCAUUGCUUACUUCAACACUGAAGAAGUAAACAAUCCUGUAUUCCUGCAUGUCCUUGAAAAAUCGAGUUAAAAUUGUAAGUACUAGAUAAAACAUGAGCAGCCGAUCGAGUAACUCAAGUUUGUCUUAUAUAUAUAUACUCUCGAAGUCUCUUAUAUUGCAUGGCUCGAAGUCGGAUCCAAAGGACCAAAGAACUCAGCAUAUAAACCUGAAUUUCAACAGCUUCAAAACAUUUUUUACCAUUUUCCUGACCUGACCUGAACUAUGCCAUUGGCAUUGGACAUUCAAAGGGCUAGCCUCAUUUGGUCAUUUAUACCGAAACGUGAUGUCGUAGUGAUGCACUACACAAAAUGACGCGUUCGAAAUGAUUGAGGAAUUACAAAACCAUUAUAAUGCCCUAUAUUGAUCACAUUACGUCACAGCUAAGGGUGAAAAUUGUAACAGAAUACGUUAUUUUUUUAAAUCUUUGUUGUGCAUGACGAGGAAAUCUUGGCAUUCCUAGGAAUCUUAGCAAAAAUAGACUUAAAAGUUAAAACGUUUGUGACAAUUAAAACAUGGUACAAACUAGAAAACUACAAAACUCUGGUCGACCUUAAAGAGAGAGUCAUAAAUGCGUGGGAGGAUCGAGUUCAAUCCGAUUUUCUAGCCAAACUUUUGUCUGAACCCUAAUAUUAGCCAACGUACUGACCUACAAAAUCCCCUUCCCAGGAGGCAUGAAGGAGCGAAUUAGGCUACAUCCCCAGUCUACACCCACGCGGCCAUGACCGAUUCCAAUCUUAUCCCUUCACGACCCACCAAAAGCAAAGAUGUCUGGAUAACGCAGAAACCAAUGACAUUUAUAAUGCUACAGUGCAUGGCGAAGCUAGCCAUGCAGGGCAACUGGUCACAGCUAUGCCACAGGCUAGCAUGACCUGUUGCUAUGUCUAGCUUUGCCACUGAAUUUUAUGCUACACAAAGAAACGAAAGUUAUGAAAUUAGUUAAACAUUGUGAAAAUAUCAUAACAUACGCUCUUCUCCUUCAAUAAACUGAGGAACGAUGUUCAUACGCGUACAGGGAAAUGGUCUCCUUGACCUUGCUGAAAGAUUUGUUAGAUAUUUUCUAAUUUUCAAUCUAUAUCGGCAUCCCGAACAAGAAAUGUCAAGCCUGCAUGAACGUGUAAGGAAGUCUAUUCAAUUACAAAAAAGGCGUAGACGUAAUAAGACGUAAUACCAUAAAACGUAGGCCGAUCGACUAGUAAUUUAUUUGAAAUGUUUAGUCUCAAAUGAUUUCACCAAAACUUUAUAACUAUACUAACAUGCGUGGGACUCACUAAUGACCAUUGUUUAGAAGUAUUGUUUAUUAAUCUGUGUAUAAGAAGGAAACAUUUAGUAUUAUUAUAACACAUAAAUUAGGAAGUUGUCCACCACAUUGGAAUUGAUAGAAUUUUCUACAAUACAUGCAUGAAAACAUUUAGUAAGAUAAACCGCAUACAGAUUACAUUUUAUACAUGUUACGAAACAUAUACUUGCCGAAUAAACAUAGGAACGAAAGACACACAUGAUUGUUUGCCAUGCAUGCUAUUGCAUAAUACUUAAUAGAGAACUCAGAAACAGAACAAAGUAAAAAUGCGUGGAGAAAAAGAAAUGAAAACACGAUAUGACGUAUGUUUUUAACCAGCACUCAUUUGCUCUAUAUGUAUACCAUAGUUUUGUCAUGAGUUUUGUUGACUUAGAAGUUAUAUUGCCAAACAUGCAGUGGACAUUUGGUGAUUCAAGUCAGAAAACUCUCGCAGUCUCUCAACUACAUUAGCAUCUCAACCAGCUACUGAAGAUGAAUGGUAAAUGUGAAACUGAAAAAAGCACUGUUUAUUUUAGUUUUAAUUCUUAUUGUCAUUUUACACUAUUCUGCAUUUGUAUUAUUUAUUUAAAUUAUAUAUCUAUGACUACGAUUUAUUGCCAAAUGAUCGUACUAGCACAAAACUUGUUAUGAAUACGACAGAAGUUUUAAUUAUAAACAUGUUUCGAUAUUACUCAUGAUACAAAUAAAACUUUGUUGCAUUCAUCAAAAGUUGCAAUGCCAAUGAGUUUAUGGCAAAGUUAUAAAAGCCUUGUUUGAUAUACUCUUCUACUAAAAAGGCAUUGACCAUUGUGAUUUGUGUACAUCAAAACAGGUUCUAACUUUGCCAAGACGCCACAUUAGGGCACAUAUCUAGGAAUUUUGAAGAUUUACUUUCUUUCUCAUGGCUUUACUUUAAUAUUGAAUACUGUGUAUUGGAUUAUAUCUAUUGAAGAACAACCACUUUAAUUAAUAAAUAUUACAUAGAUCUUAUCAAAAUUUGGCAUCAGAAAUUUGUCUAUAUAUAUAUGAUAUCAAUCUUGUUAUUCCAGAUCACGAAAAUCCGUCUGGGAAAAAUGUGUUUGAAUUUUCUCGAUGCUGAUUGUUUGUUGGCCAAAUUUUCGCGUGAUGUUGAUGUAACGUGAUAUGUGAGAACCACUACAGUCUACACGCAUUAACAUUCUUGGCUGAAGUUCAAACAAGGCGAACAGAGGUUAUUAUAAUUGAUGAUAUACUUGCCGGAAAUAGGCAGGCAGGGAAGAGGAAUUAUGUGAGUGUUCAUCUAAAUUUUUUUGCUCAAGUGUUUUUUUACCAUUUGUCAUUUGAAGAGUUUACCAACUAUGGCUAUGCAUGACUAUAUACAUAAUGAAUAAUGGUGUAUUCCCCUUUUAACUCCACACAUUAUAUUUUUUUAAUACAGUUAUACAGAUUACACUAUUCAGAAAAUCCGUUUUUACCAUUUGAAAAACCGUAUAUUUUACACAACAAUGAACAUGUAAACAUUAUUUUUUACGUAUAAAGUUCCGGUUGUAUAAAUGUUCCUGUUGUUAGAAAAUUAUCAGUAAUACAGUAUAUUUCUUGAGCGUGAAUAAUUCUUUUGACAGUUUGUAUGGUUGCAUUUUUCUAUAUACUUUCACUGUAGCAACUUUCACUCAAGCAACACUGAUCUCUAACAAUUAACUGAAUACAUAACACUAUACAAACUGAUAUACCAUUUUUUGGUCUUAUAAAGUGCAUGCGUUUAAUCUUACAAUUUUCAAUCCUGAGUCGAUCCUUUUUCUCUCGAGUGUUGAACUGAUUGAAUCGUUAAGUUAAUUUAAGAUGGGAAUAAACUAAUUUAAGGUGGGAUAAAGAAAAGAAAUGUCCGUUUUAUAUUUUUCAAUAGUUCUAUUUGUUUUUUACGUUGUCGUUGAGUAACACCACACAGUUUGGACGUUUUAAACAAGCCAAUCAUAUGAUGACAAAUGGAGUGAGAAAACCUCACAGUGUUCAUUUAUGUUUCAAAUAAACUAAAUAAAACACCGAAAUAAUUAUGAUAAUAUUUGUACAAUAUUUAUUUAUCCACGGAAAUUGGUUGUUUUUAUAUAGGAAUGUUCAUGUCUCUAUCUUUGCAAAGUUUUAUAAAGUUUUUAAUUUUUGCACAAUGUCAAUGAAAGCAAGGAGCCAAAAUUUUAUCGCAUACUCAGUCUCCAAGCACAAAGAAAUUUAGUUCUGUGUUAAUUAAAUUUUCUGCUCAUAGUGACAUCAUUGAUAAUGAGACGACCACCAAGGCAGAUUGUCGGAGUGAUUUUAUAAUUUAUAAAACCGGGGUUUCAUUCAAGCUGCUUAUCAUUGUUGGGGGUUGAUAUUUUACGAGGAUCGUCCCUUGUCAUGCAACGCCAGCACAGUUAGUUACAAUGAGAUGAAUAAAAGGUCACCCUGGGUUAUGUAGAUUAUGCAAUAAUUUUCAGACACACCUAUAUGUUGAUUAAUAAAUUAAAGGCAUUUACCCUUGGGGUCGGGCGGCCCUUGUAUGGGGAAGAAAAAUUGCGAAUUUACACAGCAUGCAAACAUUCGAUUUCAGUCCAGGUUAUAAGUUUUCAUUGGUAUUGACUAUUGGCCAAAUGCCUGCAGGUAUAGAAAUCCGGCAAUGCGCUGAAGGGUUUAGUCUUUCUUUUACCAAUAUAGAUAUAGUUAAUUCCCGGUGAAACGAGAAUAAGAGUUCACAUAUUUCAAGUUCUAGAGUCUAGAUUAACAAAAUAAAGGUUUGAUGAAUCUAUGAAUGUUCCAAUCACGUUGCAACAGAAUGGAUGAUAUUGCUAACUUGGGAAAGCUAAAGCUAGCCAAGGUCACGUGAGAUCUCAUGCACUCUAAUUAAUCUUAUUAUACUCGUUUGGUCCCAGGCUUGAGAAUGAAAACUAUUUCAUCUUUGUCAAAACAGCUAUGUUGAGUGAAAAUAAGCUUAAUUUGGGUUUGUUUGACAUUUACGGUAUAUAUUAAGAAGGACAGGAAUAAAACUAGAACAGAAAGCUUCAGUCGUUCAGAGGCAGAGCAAUUGUUGAAUUUUGUUGAAUUUUGAAAAAUAGUUUCUAUACGUAUUGCUCGUUUGCAAUCGACGCCAUCUUGGUUGAUUUUCGUGGCAACUAAAAAUCUGUAUUCUUCAUUCUUUGUCGUAUUGUGCCAGAAAUUGUAAACUAUCCAUAAUACAAUAAGAUGUUUUCAAAACAAACCAAAAAUAUUAAAGUAACUCAACCAUUUCGAUGUUAAAUGGUUGGACAAAACUUUAAAAUCAACCAAGAUGGCGCCUAACGACACGUAGUGACGUCAUGUGCAAGCAAAGAAUACAUUCCAAACAAUCGUUUUUCUUCAGUUCAUCUGAUCGCUGACUAUAAGUUCUCACUCAGGAAUGGCCAAGAAUUAAGAUUCACUAUAUGAUAGAAAAGACCAGUAUUAUGUUAAAUUAAGUCGUUUUAACACUUAAUCAUCUGUCAACCGAUUAUUGCUCUUCAUCUACCGUUAAUUCCAUGCCACCCUGAGAAUUUCAACAACUAAUGCAUGUGACGUAAAUUUGGGAGAUCAUGAAAGAUCUACAUUCUACGAGUGUCGCAGCUGCACUUACUUAUGGGUGCGACUUAAAAAAUAUUUUAAUUUAAUCCAAUAUAAAAAAUACCAAAUAGAAAGUUUGGAAACUUAAAGGAGUCAAUAUACCAGACAAUUUGACAAUACAUGCGGCUUGCUUUGUCUACUAUGUCAAUAUUUUAUGUCUAAGACUUAGGGGCCCGCCAAUUAUGCAGUUAUUCCAAUUCUCCAUUAUCAUAUCCCAUUCAUGUUUACCAUUUGAACUGUCAAUUUGUAACCUUAAACUGGACAGUCUUGUAUAGUAUAUGGAGCAGACAAGCAUUCUUAUCCAUGUACAGUAACCACUAACCACAAGCUGGGAGAGGGGGGCAUAAGUAGCUCUUGGAGUCUUGGUUUGUAAUCAUGUAUGACCAAUAGGCAAUAUUAUAAUUUAUAUCGUUGUGCUGACCAGAAACCUGAUAUGGAAUGUACAACUUUCAGAAGCUGAGCGAACAACAUUGCUCCGUUGCAAUAAUUCCUCUGAACUGAAUACCAUUCCUAAAAGGAACAGACAUAGGUGUUUUUUUCACAUUGCUACGGAAACAUAGCCUGAUGUAUGAAUAGCCAAAUACAGUCACGUGCAAAUCACAUGCAUAAACAUAUCCCGAAUUUCUCCGGAGGUAAAAGAUUUCCAAUGUUAGAGAUUUCCAAUCCAGUAAUCAACUUCAGUAAACUGUUAAGGUGCAAUUGAACUAGAUAAAAAAGCUAUAAACCUCAACAAUUGAGGUUUCAAUAAUAUAUAAAACUGUUGAGUUGUGAUGCACUAUGAUGGUUAUGCAUAUGGAGGAAAUGCAUGGGGAAAGCAAAAGAUGAGGAAUUUCCGAAGGCAUGUCUGUGUCUGUGAAUUACAAUCAUGUUGUGCUGGAAGGAAGACGUGUGCUGACGAAUUGUUUGAAACUCGGAUGCAGUUCCAGUUGUUUGUGAGGCCGGCGCACUUGAAUGCAAGGCCAAGUUGUGGUCACAUGAUCCUUUCAUAAUACCGUUUUAUUUUCGAAUGAAAAAAGAAUAUAAUGUCUGUAAUUAUAUCACAAAAUAUAAUGAUUAUUGUUAAAAAUUUGUACAAAUACUAAUAUGUACACCUAAUUAAAACCUGGAAGCUCCUCACUCGCUACAGUCCCAAGGGAACACAAAGUUCUCCAUAUAUAGAAAUAAUAGAACCCCUAUUCUCCUUGGCUUGGAGAAUUCCUCUUCCUAUAAACAACAAUGCUUGACCUCUCCUAUUCCGAACGGCCUCAGUCUAUAGAAUGAAACAACAACUCUUUUGUACAUGAAAAUCAUUUAGCUGAAUCUUAGUUUUCCUGCAUCAAUCCAUCAUGGUUAUAAAUAAAGCCGAUGACAAAACAAAUAUUUGAAAAUCUUGUAGACCGUUAAUUGCGGCACUCUUGAUACAAUACUUGAAUAACUUGAUGCGCAAAUCCGCUAUAAACCACUUUAUAAUAUCAAUUCCAUGUUUAUAAAUUUUGAAUAGCUAAUGAGUAAAUAUAUAUACCUUGUUUUAGGCAUGACUAUAGGGUAAAAUUAAGAUAUUAAGAUCAUUACGAAAUCCGAACACACUUGUGAGUCUUCGAUUACGUUUCAGUAAGUCUUGUCAACAUACAUUUCCUUGUCCAACACUAAGAAAUGUUUAGAUUCGGACCAACAAUUAAAGCGUGGGAACGGUAUAUUAACGAAAAUCGUUUUAUCGACCCCAUACGUUGCGAAAAAUCUAGAAUCUUUGAACUUUUUAAUUUUCCUGCUGAUUUAUAUCAGGUGCAACUGUUUCUUGCAUCCGGAUUUGAUAUCGAUAGCCUUAUUGACUCUAUAGACUUGACUGCUGCAUGGCAAUGCUUAACAUGGUAAACCAGUCUAAAACUACGCCCGAUAAUUAAACUCCACAAGAAAUUUUAGUACAAUGGUCAAUGCUGUAUAUGUUUUAAAAACAUGUUAGUUACUUUUUACAACAAAUAUAUAAAUAUCACCGUUAACAAAUUUGUAGUAAACAAAGUUCAUAACUCUGUUUGUGUUAUAUUUACAAUAAAAAUUCACAGUUCCUUUUAUUUCUGACAAGAUAAAACAGCUCCCUUCAACAUGUCCUGCAAUAAGUUGACGUCAGGUAACAGGAAUUCAGAUUGACCCUUGGUAAAUCCUUUUGUUAGAUCAAUAAAAUUCUGGAACUCUUCAACAACUUCGCGUAAUUUUGUCUCAGUUUUCCUACGAAUUUUUUCUUUCUGUGAAAGUUGAUGUUUUAUGUCUUCAUAUUCGGAAUCUUGGUGUGUAAUUUUUUUACGAAGUUUGUCCAUUUCAGCCAAAUGCGUUUCCUCGCAUUUCCGCAACUCUUCCAAAGACAUCAGAUGACAUCUUUUCUCAGUCUCAGCGAUAUCGAUUCUUGCUUCUUCUUCCAUUUUCAAUUUCAGUUUUUUCAAAGCUUCCUGGUAAAUGUUUGAACAGAAAAAAGUUAACGUUGUGUUAACCGCUUGUUUUUCAUAUUAAUUAUUGAAUAUUGAGCUGAUGUGAUGUGGGUAGAGUUACGCCUAUUCUCAUCUCUCCCAUUGCCUCAGUGCCAGCUUUCUUGGCUAGCGGAACCUUCAUUAGUCGAGACUAUUGUCGCUCAAUGGUUUAAUUAACACAAAAGAAAAUGUAUAUAUUAGGCCUAAUUUAAAACGUGUUCUUCAAGACGACUACUUCCCUAAGAUUAGAUGGGUAUGUUUUUAAGACAGACAGCUUCAUUGAGACAGAAAAUUCUCAAAAUCGGAUUUUGAAGUGUUCAUUAAAUUCGUCAAAAAAGAUCCCACUGUACAUAAUAAGUUUAGCAAUUAUUAGCUGUUACCUAUGAGAUUAACAAAUGAGGAUUACCUGUCUCAGAGCUACAAAAAUAUAUACAGAAACAUAGGCUGGGAUAUGAAUAGAAAUGAUAUCCAACUUACAGCUUUUUCUUUCUCAGCUUCCAAGAUAAUCUUCUUUCGUUUCGUCUCCUCCACAUCUGCUGUUCUUGCUGCCUCCUCCACAGCACUGCCGAUUUCUUCCUCUCUUGCUUCACGAAUUGCCAACAUUUUUUCCACUUCAAAUUCUAUUCUGGCAUCAUGGAGAGCGUCUUUCAGUUGAACUCGAUAAGCUUGGUUGGCCUCUUCGAGGUGCUGUUGGGCCUGUUUCUUCAUGUAGGCUUCCACCCUCCUGCAUUCUGCUUUUACUGCUUUUUCCUGAUGAGUCAAGGUAGCCAUGUAUUAAAACAUGUGCGUGCAGAAAGUAAUGGUGGUUGUGAUGAGGAUGGUUGUAAUGAUGCUGGUGGUGAUGAUGAUGAUAAUGAUGAUAGUGGUGGUGAUGAUUGUGGUAAUGAAGGUGGUAAUUGUGAUGAAUGGUUGUGAUGAAUGGUUGUGAUGAAUGGUUGUGAUGAAUGGUGGUGAUGGAGAUGUUCUGGAGAUGAUAGUGCUAUUGGCAAUGAUGAUAGUGGUGAUAAUGACGGUGAUGAUGAUGGUGGUGAUGAUGAUGGUUGUGAUUAUUAUAUAUAUAUAUGGUGGUAAUGGUGAUGAUAAUUGUAAAGCCACAGAGAUGAAGGUGGAGAUGAUAGCAGUGGUGGUGAUGAUGGUGGUGACAAUUGUAGUUAUUGGUGAUGUUAAAGAUGGUGGUGGUGAUGAUGAGGGUGGUGGUAAUAAUGCAUGAUUGUAUUGGUAUCAUGUGGUGAUGAGUUUCAUGACUAAUAUUGUGCAAUAUUUACAAUAAAAUGAUCACCUUUUCUUUCUUAGCACUUUCCUGACUCAGUUUUAAUUCUUGUUGACCUUGUUGAAAUGUUUCCUUUACAGCUUGGUCUCGUUCUUCAUUUGCAAUCUGCCAAAGUCGUACUUCAAGUUCAGCCAGUGAUUCUUCUCUCAAUUUCUCCAACUCAGCACACUUUCUCUCAUAAACUUUAUUCCCAAAUUCUGUAUUCAUGAAGAAAACAAGCUAAAUUAGUUGCCGUGGUAACCGAUUUUGAUUGCAUGUAGCAUCAUUUCUCUGCAAACACAAAAGUUUCAAGUUUCAUCUGUGUAAACUGACACUGUGCUGUUUAGUUUUACGAAUUAUAUUUAUUGUUCAAUUUAUAAGUAUGAAUUUUUAAUAAUCAACAGGUUCAUACAAAACUGCAAUAAUAUUCUGUGACAUUUAGAAUUUUAAUAUGAAGGGAAUUUAUUGAUAAAUUUAUACAUUUCGAAGUUCAAAAAAUCUAAGCUAAAAAUUUAAAUUAUUUUAUUCUUAAUGCAUCAUCAUAAAGAUCACAUAGAAUGCUUGAGGAAGUAUAUAUAUAAACAUCUUCACAAUUAAACAAUAGCUCUACUAAAUGCAUACCAAGAGUAGCUUUGUCUACGUCAAAAUCACACAAUGAAUACAUAAUUAGGACAUUAUGGGCGCCAAUUACUCACUUAAUAUGUCACGAUGAGUUGUGUGUUGACUCUCUAGAGUAUCUGCGUUUUUAUAUGAAGUUCCAUUUGCGAUAGCUUGGCCUCGCUUCGAAAUAAACUCAGCCAUUUUUCCAUUCGAAAACCAAUAUUAUUAUGUUUGCCGGUGGCCGCUUCUUGUGGAAUCCAUUUUGGACGCGUUGCUUAGCAACAGUGGCGUGGUGGAAUCACUGACCUGUGAAAUUUUUAGGAAAUUUUGCAUGUCUUGUGAUUAUGUUUGUUUCUAACUUUCUAUAUUUAUUUGUUUUUCUGUAUUACAUUUGGUAUGCAAAUGAAACCAGAGAUAUUUCAUUUAUAGUAAGAAAAUGAGAUGAAUGUGUAUUUGAAAAUAGAAAAAUGAAACACUUAACAGGCCAUGAUAAGAGUUCAGUUUACCCGCUUCCUAAGCAUAGAAAGAAAAAAUCUGAUUCAAAAUUAAAAUAUUUGAUAGGUUAAUACUACAGAAUGAAAGGAGGAAAGACGGAAAGUCUCAAAAUUGAUUUCUUCAGUAAUAUCCAGGUAAUAUCUUGGAAUUUUGUGGUAGAAUUUAUGGAAAUUUGACCAAAAAAUCUGGAAACACCAAUUUUGUCCUCUGACAUCCCUUGAUAUCCUCUAAUUCCAAUAUGGCGGAAAAGUUGGAAAAAUUAGAUUUGUUGUUUCUGUGAAAGAAAAACUCGUUUUAUUAUGAAAGGGAGUGUUGAAAAGGCUAAAAAGAAGCAUGAUGUUGUAGUACCAGGUGAAUUCCUUGGCUCAGCCGAAGAAUAUAAGUCUGGAGAAGGAACAUAUGUGAGAUUUUGUCAAGUUUAUGCAAACCGGUCUGGAUUCAAGGUGGUAGAAAAACCGAACGAAAAUGUAUGUUUAAACGUUUGGCAAUGUGAAUUAUAUGAUUUACACCAUGUUAACGCAUUAAGCUGCAUUGCGCCCAUGCACACUACUUUAUUGUUUGCUGCGCUAAUAGAGUCGUCUCGAUGGAUAUAAACUCAUUAUUAAAUGCCAGCGCUCUUUAUAUGCCAGCGCUCUGACAUCAGGCAGAGUAAAAUAAUAAAGUAGGGAUGCAUUUGGGUGCACUGCAACUUAAUGAUUAAAAUGAAUUCAGAAAAUGAAUGCAAUUUCUAUCUGAUUUGGGUUUAGGAAAGUGUAAUAAGUGUUAUACGAGAUAAACACAGUCAAGUUUUACCCACUAUUGGUGCAGUUGUGACUGCGAAGGUAUGGUUCAUAUCUCAUUUAAGCCUCCCAUAUGAUAUCACAAUCAUGGAAUAUAAGGCCAGAAUGAUGUUGAAACAUUAGUACACUAAAAUUUGAACAGCACUAUUGUUGCAAUAUAUUUAAAAGUUAAAUUUUUUUGCAUUUUAUUACAUUUCUUUUUGCAAUUUUGCAAAUAAAAUGUCCCAAUACACACAGGUUACUGGAGUGAAUACAAGGUUUUGUAAACUGGCAAUUCUUGCUGUCGAAGGAUGUCCUCUGAAUGAACCAUUUCGUGGAACUUUGAGAAAGGAAGACAUUCGGGCUACUGAAAAAGAUAAAGUUGAAAUUUACAAAUCCUUUCGUCCUGGUGACAUUGUGCAAGCAAGAGUGAGUUCAUUGGGUGAUUCACAUUCAUAUUCCUUAUCAACUGCUGAGAAUGAACUUGGUGUGAUUUUUGCCAUGAGUGAAGCAGGUGAAAACCAGUUAUUUCUUCUUUAUUACUUCAAUUUUGAAUGUCAAAAUUAGUGGCUGGUAGUCAAUAAUUUCUGAAAGUUGUUAAAUGAUAGCUGAAUAACUGUGUUACAAAGUUGUAACAAUACUUUUUUAACCAUGAAAGCAUUGGUAGGCCGAAAAACACAGAACUAAGAUUUUCUGCUAUGACAGAAGGAUCCUAGGAAGAAAAAUGUUAAGGCCUAAAAAAAAUACCUGUGGUUCCGGUUUCAUAUUGCGAAAAAAUUAGGGUCGGUAGAUACAUAAAUAAUUUUUUUUAAAUAUUUUUUUCAUGUUUUUUUCAAUAAUUAGUGUGACAACAGACCCAUUUUGGCAGCAGCCCACAACCACCCGAAGAAAAUAUGGUUGCACGGUCAAUUGAGUUAGAAAAAUAAUAGGGUCAGCAGAAAAAAAUAGGGUUGGUCGGGAACCGGAACCACAGGUUUUUUUUUACGCCUAAUGCAAUAUUUGCCUGCCAUGCAGGCUGGACAGUUGUUAUUAGUGUUAAAAACUCUUGUUUUUCCACAAUUUUUAAGUAUGUAGAAUAUGCCAUGUUAAAAACCUAGCAAGAUGAAUAUAUAUUCUCUUUGGUUGUUUUCAAAUCACAAUUUAGUUCAGAUGACAGAUUUCAAAUCACAGAUGACUAUUAUUGUUAUAAGUGUCCGUUCAGUUAUGUCAGGUCAAGACAACAUUAAUGUCAUCUUUAAGAAUUUUCCAAUGUAGAGGAAUUAUACCUGACAAAUUGCAGGAAAAAAGUCCUGAAGAUUCAACAAAUGACAAGCACUAGACUUAGACGUUGCUGAUUUCAUUUUUGUUAAAGGGGCAUCAAUGAUUCCCAUUAGCUGGAAAGAAAUGCAAUGUCCUGAAACAAAGGCAAAGGAAUUUCGAAAAGUAGCAAAAGUACAGCAGCAAUAGCAGUAGCAGACAAUGAAUGCUGAUCCUAUCCAAGGGCAAGGUAUUUGAAAGAUAGAAGAGAAAGGUAAUUAUGGCCUUUUGAAAUUAGAAAGGCUAUUAAGUGAACAGUUGUUGCAGUAGGUUGUUUUGGAAUUCAAAUGAGGACAAGCCAAACUUUUGAUCAACCAUAUGUGCUUGCUGUUUAUGGGACAAUACAUUUACACAAUUUAAAUUUCUGUGUACACUACAGACUUAAUAUUGAGCCCAAAAGAUGCAGUUUUGUAAUAAAAAUCUAGAAAAUUCCAAAAAUUUGUUUUGGAUUUUAACACUUUUGUAUGCAGUGACCUUAGGCUUAGCCUACCUUACUUAGCUUAGUGGUGUAAAAACCACGGUUGAAUCACAUGUAAACCAAAUGAACCAUUUGUCCUAAAUAUAUAGGCAAUAAAACAAACAUUUUUACGUGUUCGC